AUGACAAAGAUGCGGUGGCAAAUAGCGCUGUCAAUUUUCCUCCUAUUUAAUUCAGCCAACGCGUUUUGGUUUCUUAAACCAACUGAAGAGGAAUGCACCUCGACAAUCAGACUCUAUGAUCAAAUUUUUCUUGGUCACAAUGUUUUUGCUUGUUGCAAAUUCCCAACAUUAUGCAAUAAAUAUUUAAUUAACGGUUCUGGAAACAAUGCCAAAUCAGCCAGACAGGACGCCGAGUCAAAGGUUAAUGUGAUUUGUCGCUUUCUGAGCUCUUGUGUAAUCAUUAACAAUCCCAAGUAA